CACACGCGCCCCCGCCCCGGGCUCCUCCUCCGCCGGGGCUGGCUUGGGACACGAGUCCGGUGCGAGCCAGGCCGAGACGCCGGGAGCCCGAUGGUUCGGGAGGGCGGCAUGGCCCGGACACCCCGCAGCUCGACCCAGGAGAUCCAGAUGGACGUGUUCGACAACCCCGGCCUCCAGGGGAAAUACAGCAAGCGGAAGAGCAGGUUUAAACGCUCUGAUGGCAGCACCUCCUCGGACACGACUUCCAACAGCUUCGUCAGACAGGGCUCCGCGGAUUCCUACACCAGCCGCCCCUCGGACUCAGAUGUGUCUCUGGAGGAGGAUCGCGAGGCGCUGCGCAAGGAGGCUGAGCGCCAGGCCCUGGCGCAGCUGGAGAAGGCCAAGACCAAGCCGGUGGCAUUCGCCGUGAGGACAAAUGUGGGCUACAACCCGUCCCCCAACGAUGACGUGCCGGUCCAGGGCAUGGCCAUUUCCUUCGAACCCAAAGACUUCCUGCAUAUCAAAGAGAAAUACAACAACGACUGGUGGAUCGGGCGCCUGGUGAAGGAGGGCUGCGAGGUGGGGUUCAUCCCCAGCCCAGUCAAGCUGGAGAACAUGAGGAUGCUGCAGGAGCAGAAGAUGAGGCAAAAUCGCCUGAGCUCAAGCAAAUCGGGGGACAACUCCAGCUCCAGCCUGGGAGAUGUGGUGACGGGGACCCGCAGACCCACCCCGCCUGCCAGUGCCAAGCAGAAGCAGAAAUCGGCAGAGCAUGUGCCGCCCUAUGACGUGGUGCCCUCCAUGCGGCCGAUCAUUCUUGUGGGGCCGUCCUUGAAGGGGUACGAGGUGACGGACAUGAUGCAGAAAGCCCUCUUCGAUUUCCUGAAGCAUCGCUUCGAUGGCAGAAUCUCCAUCACACGGGUGACGGCCGAUAUCGCCCUGGCCAAGCGCUCCGUGCUGAACAACCCCACCAAGCAUACCAUCAUCGAGCGCUCCAGCACCCGCUCCAGCCUGGCUGAGGUGCAGAGCGAGAUCGAGCGGAUUUUCGAGCUGGCCCGGACGCUUCAGCUUGUGGCCCUGGAUGCCGACACCAUCAACCACCCGGCCCAGCUGGCCAAGACCUCGCUGGCCCCCAUCAUCGUUUACAUCAAGAUCACCUCCCCCAAGGUGCUCCAGAGGCUGGUCAAGUCCCGGGGGAAGUCCCAGGCCAAGCACCUGAAUGUGCAGAUGGUGGCGUCGGAUAAGCUGGCACAGUGCCCUCCAGAAAUGUUUGACAUCAUCCUGGACGAGAACCAAUUGGAAGACGCCUGCGAGCACCUGGCUGAGUACCUGGAAGCCUAUUGGAAGGCCACGCACCCGCCCAGCAGCAACCCGCCCAAUCCCCUCCUGAACCGCACCAUGGCGACCGCCGCCCUGGCCGCCAGCCCCGCCCCCGUCUCCAACCUCCAGAGACCCUACCUAGUGCAUGGGGAGCAGACGCGUGAGGGGGAGCGCGCCAGCCUGCACGACUACCCGGGGGAGCUGGUCAACCGCGGCCAGGGGCGGCCAGGCCAGCAGCACGCCCGCCUGGCCAACCGCGGCCUGUCCCGCCAGGACACCUUCGACUCGGAGACCCAGGGCAGCCGCGACUCUGCCUACACCGAGCCGGGCGACUCCUGCAUGGACAUGGAGACAGACCCCUACGAGGAGCCCGAGCCCCGCGGUGGCACGCCCAGUGCCUACCCCCGGGGCCUGGGCCGCCUCCACCAGCGCCAGGGCUCCUGGGACGAGGCCGAGCCCGACCACCAGAACCACAACCGGCAGCUGCGGGGCCGGAGCAAAGGGCGCGAUCGCUACUGCCCCAGUGAGGAGGAGGCCAUGAGCCGGAACAAGAAUGACCUGGAGGGCUGGGGGCGGGACGUUUACAUCCGCUAGGGGGUGGGGCAUCUGGCUGCUAGGGGCCCUGGGGGGUGGGGCUUCGGUCAGCUAGGGGCCCCUGGGAUGGGGUGUUAUCUACUGGGGGGGCAGGGUUCAGUGUGUCCUGUGGGGGAAUCUUUCUCCUCAAGGAGCCUCUGAGCAUAGCGCUCCCCUGUGAGGCUGGUGUGGUUCAUGCCCCCUAGCAGGGUUGGCCUGAGAUUGUAUGAUGCUCCCCCCCCCCACCUCCAUGGGGAUCCCUUGCCAGCAGUGCCAGGGGGGCCCUCUGCCAGUGGUGCCCCCCACUCAGCCCCCAGAGGGGCCCUUCUCAUCUCCCAUAAGAUAGUGAAGAUUCACCCCCACCUUAAACCCCUCCUGGCCUCAGGGGACCCCGGGGGUGAAGGGCAGCCCAGUGUUUCUCGGGCUUUCCCCGCCCCCAAAGCUGACCAAACUGGGACCCAGCUUGCUCCCCCCUGUCUGCCCCACUCACGUGCAGACGUGUGGUGUGGGGCACCGUGCCCUGAGGCAGGGCACCUUCUCCCCCCAUUCCACCCCGGGGAGGAAAGCAUGCUCAACCCUGGUAUGUAACCGAUCAGCCACCUCCUCCUCGCUCCCUGCCCUGGUUCUGCUCCCCGCUCACCCCCCCAUCCCAUUGUAUUUCCAUGGUGCUCUCUAUGACCCAGCCACCAGGGGAGUGGGACGGCCGGCGCCCCCCAAUCGCUGGAGAGAGCCCGUCUCCGGCACCCGGGGUCCCUGCCCAGCGCCAAGGAAGCUCCUCUGCGGUCCAGUGCCUACAACAGAACCCAGCCUCUUGACCACCCGGCAGCUCCCCCAGCUCGAUUUCGCCUGCCAAGACGGAGCGGGUUGGGGAGGGGGUGAUGCAUGCGUGUGGGGUGUGCACUGGGGCCUGCCGUGAGUGCACCCCUGCCUGCAGAGCCGCAUGUGAGUGCUGUGUGGGGUUACCUGGGCACCCUAAGCCUGAACUGGGCUGGGAGGGGCGGGUUAACACCCUGCUCUCUGAGGGCAAAGCAGCCCCUAGGCUGAAAUGCCCCCCACUCCCCGAGGGGGGGGAAGGGUUGGAGGGGGCGGCAUCUCCCAGCUGGCUUGGGAGGGGAGGUGUUAACAGCUUCUUGAGGCUCAGCUCUGGCCUGCCCUGUUCUCUUGCGCCCACUUCUGGGGUGGGAACCAGUGCUCAUGGGCCUGCCUGUUGGGGCCCUUCGCUUCUGGGGUAUUUUUAUCCCAGCCGGAGCCCAGCCCCUAUCCAAAGGCCCAGGCCCUUCCCUGCCGUCCCCACUGGGGCUCUCUUCCCCCCCAGGGCCUGGGAUGGUGGAAGCUGGGAGGAGGGUGGGGUGAAAGGGAUCUGGAUGGAUCAAACCCAGACCUCUGACUUUCUGGGCAGAGCUGCUUCCCCCCGCCCCCACCCCCUACCUGGUGCCAAAACCUGGGCUGACAUGAAAUGCCCAUGGCUGCCCAGCGCCCCUCCCCUCCCCUGUGCAGUGUCUUGCGUCCCUGUGGCUGUCUGGUGUGUGUUCAGUCCUGUCUUGUCCGGCCAUGGUGUGUCCGUGUGUGUGUGAGCACGUGUCUGUCCAUCCCCCCGUUCCCUCCCCCCCACCCCCCCAGUGCCAGGCUGGGACCCGGGCAGGGCCUGGCUCUGCAUAGCGCCUCUUGGAUGUGAGUUCCCUGGCGCUCUGCCCAUCAGACACCGCCCCCCCCAUCACAUGCGCGCCUGGAGGGGCCUGCGCCAGCCUCCCCAGGCUGCACGGUGGCUGUGGAUCCAAACCCCCCCCCCCCCCCACCUGAAGGGAAUGUUAAGCUUUGCUCUUAGUCAGUAAGGGUUGGGGGCAACGCCCCCCCCCCCCAUUGGGGUAUCACUGGAAGCUUCACCAGGGGAGCCCUGGGAGGCACUGCCUUAGACCAGACCCAUGGGCCUCCCAGUCCCACAUCUGGCAUUCGCUGUAAACCCUGAUUGUGCAGCACCAUCCUGGUUUCAGUGGCCUCUUGAGGUUGAUUGGCAGCUGUCUGUGAUUCCUGCAGUGCCAUCUAGUGGUUAGAACAGGGGCCUGGGGUGCCUCAGGUCCACACCCAGCUCUGCCAUUUUGUCAGGUCACACUCCUUUUUUGUGCCUCAGUUUCCCCUUUCUGUAAACCGGGGGGAUAACAAGCGAACCUCCACUAAGCACUAAGAAAUCCGCACGCUCUAGCCACAUCAACGUGUUGUCGAUACUGCACUUCAUGGCUCUCUGUGCUACUGCUCAUAGCUUCAUGGUGGUAGCAGGCCUAGGACUCAGCACACAGGCCUCUACCAGUUGAACUACAGGAGAAUCUCCUUUGGCAGUAUGGGGCCUAUGAUACACUAUUGAACCCAGGAGAGGGUGGCGGGGAGGAGGUGUCUGUGAAAUGGACACAGCCCGAAUGUGAGCAAAGCCACUUGAAAGCAAUGAACCGUCCUGUAUUUAUGUCAUUUAACAAACUAUUUUAAAAGCAAAUAUUUUAUUUAUUUAUUAUCGUUCAUUCGGGGAGGGGGUAACAUUCUCCCAUUCGCUUGAUUCUUUGUAAUAAAUAUUUCAUUGAGACCUCUAAA